AUGUCCUUCAACACGCCACCGAGGAAGAGAGUGGAGCUAACCUUAGCCGAUAAAGUUAAGGUAAUCCAGCUCCUGAACAGUGUUCCAAAGAUGUCGCAGACGGAAGUGGGGAAGAAGUUUGGAGUUUCGACGUCGCAAGUAUGCAGGGUGAAUCAGAACCGAGAGGCCAUCCUGAAGCAGUGGGAAUCCAACAGCAACCCUAACAGGAAGAGGAAGCGAGAGGGCAAGAGUGGAGACGUAGAAGAGGCUCUCUGGCGGUGGUUCGUCAAUGCCAGAUGGAAGGAUUGCCCACUCAACGGCCCCAUCCUGAUGGAGAAGGCCAAGCAGCUGGCAGCAGGCCUUGGUGUCCAUGACUUCGAACCCACCGAGGGAUGGCUGGGCAGAUGGAAGAAGCGGCACAACGUCAAGUUCUUCAGAGCGCACGGCGAGAAGAAGGACGCAGACACGCAGUCGGCGGAGGACUGGGUAAGAGACGUUCUGCCUACCAUUCUAGAAGAGUACGACAGUGAAGACGUCUAUAACUGCGACGAGACCGGCCUUUUGUAUCGCGCACUACCGAGGGGGACAUUGGCUCAGAAGACAGAGAAGGUGUCCGGAGGCAAGAAGGCCAUGGACAGAAUCAGUGUCAUGUUCUGCUGUAACAUGACAGGAACCGACAAAAACUGA